AUGCACCCGAUCGCCCCCGAGAAGUCCACCCCUUCAGCAACCAACGGGCAUACCAACGGGCACACGAACGGUUACGCCUCGAAAGACCUCUCAAACGACCACGACCACGAUAUGACCUCCCCCUCUACCAUAAGGCAGAAGUUUCUGCCUCACCCGGGCGACCUCGGCGUUGUGCUCGUCGGCUUCAGCGGCGGACAAUGCAAAGAAGGAGUCGACGCUGCGCCGACGGCCCUGGUCAGCGCUGGCCUGCUGGAGCAGAUCCGCGAUGAGCUGGGGUACAAGCUGCACGGCGACAUCGAAGUGCACAACUACAACGAGAUGCGGGCGCAGUCCGACGAGCCGUACCGGGGCAUGAAGAACCCCCGCUCCGUCAGCGCGGUGACGGAAAAGCUCGCAGGCCAAGUGUACGAGCAGGCGCGGCAGGGACGGAUGGUCUUGACCCUCGGCGGCGACCACAGCAUCGCCAUCGGCACGAUCGCCGGCACGGCCAAGGCCACCCACGAACGCUACGGCGGCAAGAAAGACAUCGCCGUCAUCUGGGUGGACGCCCACGCCGACAUCAACACGCCCGAGACUUCGGAGAGCGGAAACAUCCACGGCAUGCCCGUGGCGUUUGCGACGGGGCUGGCCAGAUCCCAGGAGCGCGACAUGUUCGGGUGGAUCCGAGACGACCAGCUGCUCUCGACCGCCAAGCUCGUCUACAUUGGCCUGCGCGACGUGGACAAGGGCGAGAAGAAGAUUUUGAGGGAUCACGGCAUCAAGGCGUUCAGCAUGCACGACAUCGACAGGCACGGUAUCGGCCGGGUUGUCGAGAUGGCACUCGCCCAUAUCGGCACCGACACGCCCAUCCACCUGUCGUUUGACGUCGAUGCCCUGGAUCCGAUGUGGGCGCCGUCGACGGGCACGCCCGUGAGAGGAGGCCUGACGCUGCGCGAGGGAGACUAUAUCGCCGAGUGUGUGCACGAAACGGGCCAGCUGGUCGCGAUGGACCUCGUCGAGGUGAAUCCCUCGCUGGAGGUUACGGGCGCCAGCGAAACAGUCAGGGCGGGUGUCAGUUUGGUGCGCUGUGCCUUGGGGGACACUUUAUUGUGA